UUUUGUUAACAGAUCAAUCUCUCUCUCUCUCUCUCUCUCUCUCUCUCUCUCUCUCUCUCUCUUCUUUCACUGAACAGUCUCACGAGCAAAGCGAAAGACCGUUGCUUAAUUAAUGUCACUCUCUUCCUCUUCAUCAUCAUCCUCGUCUUCUCAGAAGACAUGGAUUGUACACGGAAUCUUAGCCGGAACAGCGAUCGCAGCAGCGAUUGGCGCACGUGCCUAUCUGAGUGGAUCCAGGAAAUUCCGGAGCCGGGUCGUCGGGAUCAUCCCCGCCCGUUACGCUUCCUCUCGAUUCGAGGGCAAGCCUCUCGUGAAAAUCCUCGGCAAACCCAUGAUCCAGAGAACUUGGGAGAGAUCGAAGUUAGCUUCUACACUUGAUCACGUUGUUGUAGCAACGGAUGAUGAAAGGAUUGCGGAUUGCUGUCGUGGGUUUGGUGCUGAUGUCAUCAUGACUUCAGAGUCUUGCAGAAACGGUCUCUAUACAAAUGACUUCAGAGUCUUGCAGAAACGGUCUCUAUACAAAUUUCUUCAACCCCCAGAAACAAUGUUGCAGCUUCUCGUCUCAAUCCAAGCGCUCAUCUUGAAUCAGAAACCAUACUUCAACGAACCUGGCUAUGAGGCCACCAAGGGGACUACAUCAGGCGAGGCCCACUCCAAAGUUUACAGUGAGAACGUUUUCAUAUUGUCGUUAAAGACUAUGGUUUACAGCAUGAGGAAGCCACCCAAGCACUUUGAAGAGUUUGUUCUUAGCCAUUACUUUGUGAAGGCACUUGACAUAGUUAGAGCGUGCAAUGCUUACAAAAAUGGAGCUCCUGUUGGUUCCAUUGUUAAAGGUGGUGUCCAAGGCAUUGAGGAAACUAGCCAGAGUGGCUCUAAGAAGUUUAGGACCGAUGUGGCCGCCUUUACGAAGACAGUUGCUGGUGAGUUCGUUAAGUUAGGAGUCAAGGAGCUAGAAGAAAAACCUAAACCACCGCCUGUGGUCAAUGCAAACACAGAGAGUAAUACAGCUAACCGUAAGAGAAGCAGAUCAUCGAGCAUCAAAGAAUUUCUCGCCAAUAUCGGACGCUGCGUUUUUCAGUUGGAUUGAGUCGUGCAAACAAACAAGUAUCAAGUUUAAGAAGACUCACAGAUUGAAGAUUUGAUGAGUAGGAGGAAUCUAACAGGGCAUAGAAGUCCGACUUACUAUUUUCUUUUAUCUUUUAUUACCUGGACAAGUAGUUUAUUUAUAUCAUUAGAGGUUUUAGUUUUAAGUUUAUCCGUUCUGAUUUAUUAACAGAUUUUAAAUAUAUAAAAAAAUCGAUUAGAGAUCUCUUUGAGAAGAGGUAACUAUCUGUGUACUACUACAAUGUUAGUUCAUAAGAGCAUCUCUAACACAUUCUAUUUUUCAUUUUGAGAAAUUUUUUAAAAAA